AUGUCUAUGCAGUCUUCAAUCCGAUUCAUUCUUGCCUCUCCUUUAAUGGUCGGUACGCUUAAAGCGCUCCCAAAUGCGGCGACCUACAUCAAAUCCAUUAAAAGGCUUGGACAGCCCGUGUCGAGUCAAACUUCUACGAGGGAACCCACGGUGCAGUUUCCCGGAGCCAGCGAGGGCAGCAAUAGCACUAGAAUAACAUCAUCAGUAUCUGAUGACCACAUUAGAACCAAUAGUAUUAUUAGCGAUAAUCUAGACAGUAACGAUACGUCUCGAACGGCCGAGUAUGUGACGAUUAAAAAAGUUCUGCGACCCUUGCACCAAGAUGAUUUGCUGUAUGCAGCCAAAGCAGAUGGUUCCGACGGGAUGGAGACGGGUGCGUUUCGAAGUUUAUCAUCGAAAAUAUGGGAUCCUCAUCCGGAGUACAUAUUUGAUGCAUUCGGUACUACCAUGCAUUUGAAACUGUGGCACGACAGAGAAUUUAUUCCGAAGGAUUUGAAGGUGACUCACUUUUGGCACAACGAAGCAUUGCGCAAACCAGAGGAUCACGACGAGGCAAGCUUACUACAGGGUUGUUAUUACACCGGAUCCGUCGUCGGCGACACGAAAUCCUCCGUGCGGGUCUCACUUUGUGAAGGAAUGCACGGCUACAUUCAGACCUCUAACGGAUCUUACCUGAUUAAUCCGGAGAAGAACUCAUCGGACAACGAUACCAAUAUCUUACACCGUAUUCAGCGGCUCAUGACGGACACGCUCAGUUCUGGAUCAAACGUACGAACAACGGUUGACGGAACUGGCACACCGGCCGAGGAUUGCGCCGUUCGAACAGACCAUGAAGCUGGUAAACGUUUAUAUUCACCCAACCCCACGGACUAUUUCUUUUUAUCUCGGCUUAUGCGACCUAAGCGCAGCCUGAAUCACUACUCAAACAACGAGUACAUCAUGGAGGUUAUGGUAGUUGUCGACAACAAAAUGCAGCGAUACCACGGCCGUCACCUGAAGUCCUACGUUCUAACGCUGAUGUCCAUUGUUUCCAGUGUGUAUGCCGAUGCUAGCAUAGGUAAUUCGAUAAAGAUAGCCGUGUCGCACAUAAUGUACAUCCAUCACGAUCUAGAUGCACAAAAUAGAUCCAACUGGAAGGGUCUUGAAGGAGUAUCCGCCUCCAACAUGCUGCAGGACUUCUGUAAAUUCAAGCAAACGACCAACUUCGUCCACGACGUCGCACUGUUGCUGACCCGCGAGCAGAUCUGCCGCAACCCAGAAGAGAACAACUGCGACACGCUGGGGCUUGCCGAGCUGGGUACGAUCUGCGGGAAAACGGCAUGCGCCAUCGUGCAGGAUAACGGACUAUCGGCCUCCUUCACCAUCGCUCACGAGCUCGGCCACGUAUUAGGAAUGCCCCACGAUGACGACAACCGGUGCCAGCGGUACCGUGGCACCCUGCACGGAAACAAUCGAAUCAUGUCACGUACGAUCGACCACAACACGCAUCCCUGGCAGUGGUCCAACUGUUCGCGACAAAUUCUCACCGAGUACCUCGAGAACAAUCCCGACAAUUGCAUGCAAAAUGUUGCUCAGAAUGAUUUGCUUGCACCAACCGAGAUGGACUCGAAGCUGGCGGGAGAAAAGUUCACCAACAACGCGCAGUGCGAGCUGGUAUUCGGCAACGGUUCCAAAAUUUGCUCCUACAUGCCAGUUUGCAACCGGCUCUGGUGUAGCUGGGAGGACGAAAUGUCGGGAUGCAAAACGCAACACAUGCCCUGGGCGGAUGGAACCGAAUGCAACGAGGGCCACUGGUGCCAGAAGGGCGAGUGUGUUCCCAUCAAUCGGACGGCGCUGAAGCCGCAAAACGGUGGUUGGAAUGUAUGGAGCCAGUACAGCGCCUGCUCUCGAAGCUGUGGUGGAGGCGUCCAGAAACGUACGCGAGAGUGUGACUCACCGAAGCCAAAAAACGGCGGGAAGUUCUGUAUCGGUUUGCGUGUUGAAAUCCACCCGUGUAACACGGAGCCCUGUGAGGAUCCGCGGCAUAACUUCCGUGACGAACAGUGCCACGAGCUCGACGGGCAGAACUUCGACGUGCCCUCGUUGGAGCCUAACGUGCGGUGGAUUCCGAAGUACGGUACGCCCUUAGCCGAUCAAUGCAAGCUGUACUGCCGCGUACAGGACAAGAGCAUGUACUUCUUGCUGCGGGAAAAGGUGAUCGACGGUACGCCGUGUACGUUUCCCGAGGACAGCUUCGAUAUGUGCAUCAACGGGCAGUGCCGCAAGGCAGGUUGCGACUAUGUGCUGAACUCAGACGCCAAGCUUGACCAGUGUGGGGUUUGCAAAGGGGACAAUUCCACCUGUGAUAAAGUAAGCGGACAUUUACCACCCGAGAAGCACAGCAACUCGCUCAAGUUAUCUCACGACAAACCGAGAGAGUUCAUCGUUCCGGAAGGAUCAACCAACGUUCACAUCAUCCACGUGGGCUACCGGAAAGAAACGGUUUACUUAUCUUUGCGGAGUGAGACUGAAAUCAUCUUUAACGACCCGAGUAAAUUAACUUCACAUACGAGCAAGCACAGGUUGUUUGCUGGGGUGAGGCUGGAGUAUACCGCACACGGAAAUCAGGAACGCGUCACAUCCACCUUUGGGCGGCCGCUGAGGGAAAAGCUAAUCGUGCGACUUGUUGACAAAUCGAACAACGAUAAAUACUCCAACAGCCAGGUGAACUACAACUACAUGGUACCCGUCGACCCGUCAGUCAGCAAAUAUGAGGUUGAAUCCUAUCAGCACGAUUACCGUGUGAAACACAGAACUGACCACAAUAGCAACACUAUUCAGCGACCACCUGAGACGCAGUACCGCUGGGAAAUGACACAGCGGAUGAAGUGCGAUCAACUGUGCUCUGGCAAGACGCGACUCACGGCCGUAUGUGUUAACGCCGAUACGAUGCAGGAAGUGUCGUCCGACAACUGCCAUCAGUCUACGAAGCCCAAAGACGAAUCUGCGCCCUGUAACACGGAUUGCAAGUUCUACUGGGAGCCGGGUAGACCUGAGUGCUCCAGUGCUUGCGGAGAAGGCUUUAAGCAAAUCGACUACAAAUGCGUUCGACAAUACCACUCGAAGCAACGGCCUGAUUACGUUGAUCAGUCACUGUGUUCGAACUUACCGAAACCAGUCAACACUCCCGAGCCAUGUACAGGACCCUGCAAGGAUGCAACGUGGAUGUUCUCGGCAUGGAACAAGUGCUCUUGUACCAAUACCACCCAGUAUCGCACCGCAAAGUGUUACUCCGAACCGAAUCCGGAUCGCCAUUUCCAGAUCGACGACAGGUACUGCGAGGCAAAGGAGGCUAAGGAAGUUAUGAGGAAUUGCAGUGCAGACGAACUUGAGUGCCCGCGUUGGAAUUUAGGAGAACCCACUCCGUGUUCGGUGACUUGUGGCGAAGGCCAACAGGCGUAUGCACUGCAAUGUAUGCUAAGAAACGUUAGCGUUAAUGCUGCCUUAUGCGGUACCCGGCCAGUAACGGUCAUAGUCAACUGCACCAUGCCGUCCUGCGAGCGAAAGACAAUGCCUAACACCCAAUACUCAUCCUAUCGGAACGCGGUACAGCCAAACCAGAGCAUGAAAAAGGUCAACUAUGCGCCAAACCCGGAGCCCAGUCCGGCACCGCGCGGUCACUGGCGUAACGGUAGCUUUUCGGAUUGCAGCGCCGAAUGCAAAGGUGGCUUUAAGAAGCGUGUAGUGCGCUGUGUAUCCGAAACCGGUCAGACGUUGGACGAUCGUUACUGCCCUUUGCCAAAGCCAGCAACCCAGGUGAAAUGCGGUAAUUUGCGCUGCCCGUUGUGGACCUUCGGUCAGUGGAGCGAGUGUACUGACGAAUGCAUACGCUCCCGUCAGGUCCUGUGUCAGGAUCAUCGCGGCAAAGAAAGCGACCAAUGCUCAAUGGAAAUGAAACCUGCCGCUGUGGAGUCGUGUUGUAAUUUUAAAUGGAUAACUACCUGCUCUGGAUCGUGCGAUGCUGACGGUCGACGCACGCCGAAACUCAUCUGCAAACGGCUGCUGCCAAAGUCGAAAGACAAUGAAAAACCGAUCAAAAAUGGCCGCAAAGUCGACAACAAGUACUGUGCCAACGCUAAACCGCCGACGCCUAGCAAGCUGAAGGGAAAGUGUAACAAACCAUGCCCAUUCCGCUGGGAUACCUCGCCCUGGUCCAAGUGUUCGGUUGGGUGUGGCUCAGGAAGGACAGUGCGUAACGUGACCUGCACCAAUGGCCGUACUAUUUCGCCAAAAGCCUGCGAUAUGACGCUGAAACCACCCAAUACUAAAGUCUGCGAAGUGCUCACUCACUGCCAAUGGAGAACUAGGUGGAACAAAUGCAACUGCAAGGGUAAGCAGAAUCGAACGGUCAAGUGCUACGACGGGUUGCUGAAUAUCGAAUCGAACCGAUGUCCGGAAAAAACGAGACCAAGGAAGUACAUUCCGUGCAAACCACCGGCUCACUGCUAUGCAAGCAGCUGCCGGGAAGUUUUGCGAAAGCAUCGCACCGACGGCGAGUACCUGCUAAAUGUCAACGGUACCAUGGUUAAGAUCUACUGCCACGACAUGGCGACGGGAUCUCCGAAGGAAUAUCUGACCCUUCCCUCAGGGCCAUCGGAAAACUACGCCAUCUAUAUUAACAGGCGGGCGGCUGAGGCGAAUAAGUGCAAAAGUAAACGAGCCGACUGGGUAGACGAAAGUAUUAGCUACGGUGCGACACACUACCGUAAAAUACGACUCCAUUUGGCCACACUGCAGGUGCAAACCAACGACUACCACUUCACGAGCGGUUCCGGUAAAAAGCAACUGUUCGGCUCGGCUGGUGACUGCUACAGCAACACUGGCCGCUGUCCGAAAGGCGAAUUUUCCAUCAACCUCGAGGGCACAUCGUUCCGAAUUCGGCCCAGUACCAAGUGGGAUAAGGACGGUGAGAACGCCGUCAUAGACCAUCUCAUAAAGCUACAGUAUCCCUAUAAAAAGGUGAGAGCACGCUGCGGUGGAUACUGCGGGAAAUGUUUCGUGUCACGUGGCACCGAUCUCUAUCUGGAGCUUGCUCCAGUAUCUGGCUGA